AUGGCCGAUAUCAGUACAUUAAUCAAUCCUCCCGACGAGGUAGAACAGAAGCCUAUAGUGGUACCGAAAGCCGUGGCACGCACUGAAAAGGCCGUCAAGAAAGAGAAGAAGGAGGUGAAAGAAGAAACCAAUGACGAUUUCACCAACGACACUGAGGAUGCCAAAGUCAGCCAAGACUCCAUUCUACUGUCGUUUGAGAAGAUUAAGACACACUUCCCAGCAGCUCGAAUCAAGAAGAUCAUGCAACUGGACGAAGAUAUCGGAAAGGUCGCACAGGCCACGCCGGUGGUGGUGGGCCGUGCACUUGAGAUUUUCAUGGCCAAUUUAGUGGAGGCCGGCAUUUACGAAGCUAAGAAGGCCGGAGUUCGUCGAAUCUCGGCGCAGCAUAUCCGUACGGCAGUGGAAAACACCGAACAGUUUGACUUUUUGGUGGACGUGGUGUCGAAGUAUCUGUCAGCAAAGAAUUAG